UAAUUUUAUAGAUCACAAUGUCAUCUGUAACAACGAAGCGCAAAUACGUUUUUCAAGAGCUCGAUGAUAUGAGCGUGCCUACGGAUUCACAAAGUAUCGUACGAAUUGUGCAGGCGCGCGGUCACAAUCUUCAUGAAGUCGUCACUCCUGCCGGAGAGCAGUACAUUGUCUCGAUGCCUACUAAGUUCAGGCAAAAUAUCUGGGUAAAGAGAGGUGACUACAUUGUUAUCGAGCCAAUAAUGGAAGGCAAGAAAGUCAAGGGCGAAAUUGUUAAGAUACUCACAAAGGAUCACAUAAAAUGGUAUCGUGAACAGAAUUGUUGGCCGCCAGAAUUCGAUGAGGAUCCAAAAAGGAACGGAUGUUUGAUAGCAACGAAUUAUACUACGUGCGAUGACGAAGAGCUUUUCGUAAAUACAAAUAGGUGCGCUCCUAAUCAGACAAUAGACGACAGUGAAAGUGAUACAGAUUCCAGCGAAUCUGAUUCUCGUUAGCUCAGAACUUGCCUUUUGCAUAUGAUGCAAAAAUGUA